AUGACUCCGCCGGACGCGCUCCCGUUCCGUCUGGUCUCCGCGUCCUGUCCGCCGACCGUCCUCUUCCUCCUGCUGCUCCUCCUCCUCCCGGCGGCGCGCGGCUGCCCGCGGAGCUGCGCCUGCAUCCGCCGGCCCGACGGCCUGGACGUGAGCUGCAGCCACGCCCGCCUACGCGCCGUGCCGUCCGACAUCCCCGCCGACACCGUGACGCUGCGGCUGGACCACAACCUGAUCAGCGCCGUGCCGGACCGCGCCUUCCGCGGCCUGGCCCGUCUGCGCGAGCUCAACCUGUCGCACAACGCCGUGGAGACGCUGGGCGAGGGCGCCCUGCGGGGCGUGGAGGCCACGCUGCGCACGCUGGACCUGUCCCACAACCGCAUCAGCCACGUGCACCGCGACGCCUUCGCCCGCCUGCACGCCAAGGUGCACAUGGGAGACAACCCCUGGCACUGCGACUGCGCCCUGCAGCAGGCGCUGCGCGUGAUGGCGCACAACCACGAGGCCGCCGGCCGCGUGCGCUGCCACAGCUCCCCGCUGCGCGACCACCGCGAGGGCCAGCCCUUCCUGGCCAUGGACGCCGACCUGUGCAACCUGGCCAAGCGCACCACGGACUACGCCAUGCUGGUCACCAUGUUCGGCUGGUUCGCCAUGGUGGUGUCCUACGUGGUGUACUACGUGCGGCAGAACCAGGAGGACGCCCGCCGUCACCUGGAGUACCUGAAGUCGCUGCCCAGCAAGGCCCCGGGGCGGGCGGGGGAGGAGCCUGAGGACGCCAGCACCGCCGUAUGACCGGCAGACCCUCCGCAGGGCGCAGCCAGCCCGGGCGCGAGAACAAAGACAACGAAACCAAGAAAAAACCGCUUCCUGUCCCAAUACCGCCACCCCCUGCCCAAAUACCACCACCCCCUGUCCCAAUACCGUC